CCACACAGAACACAAGACCAAAAUUUCAAAGCCAGAGAAAAGAAAAAGUGAAGUGAUUGUGUUUUGGGUUUUGGUCAGGGUUGACCGCUAUACACACCUUCCCUUCUAGACACGAAAUGGAAGACUCUUGUUGCAUUUUCACACACCAACGACAACCACUAUAAUCUCUCUCUCUUUUAAAGUCGUAAUCUUUGCGCCAAAGAAAAUAACUUCCUUCAUCCCCUACUUUUUCCCAUCAAGUUCCUCUGCUCUUUCCUUUCAUUUCACUUGAAUUUUCAUUUUUCUAUCACCACCCUCUUUAUCUUUCUUCUUUUCCACUUUGUGAUGUUCAUCAAUUUCCUUAGAUUUCUUCAGCUGCAGGCACCUAUCUGAUCUAACCUGCAAACCAAGACGGUGUUGGAAAUUUGAUCUUUGACUUGUACAUCUCUUUGAAAUUUGUGGCCUAGACCCAACCUUUGGUCUGGAAUUAAUUACAUAUUUGGCGCGCGAGAUGUCUGGCGACUUGGCUCCCAAACUUCGGGUAGUUAGAUGUCCUAAAUGCCGGCUGCUUCUUGAAGAGCCUGCAGGGUGUGAUUUGUACAAGUGUGGUGAAUGUGGCACUACUCUUCAAGCUAAGAAACGAACAAAUGUGGCUGCCAACUCAAAGUCCAGUGUACAAGCAACUGAUGCAACUCCUAGGAAUGCAUCGGAUCAUGUUUCUGAGGGGAAACAACGUAACAAUAGAAACCAUCUGGUUCCUUCACGGGAAGAUAGUUUGAAGGAAAGAGAAACUUCUUCUGGAGAGUGUCAUGUGGAUGGAAAUGCUGGAAGGGGUCAAAACGAAAAUGGUGAUCAACUUGUACCGUUUAUUUUAUCAGAUGAAGGACAGGAAACUGAAUCGGAUAUCUAUAGUUUGUCACACAGAAGGCAUAGAGUGUCCAUCAAAGGUGGUUCAGCUUCAAAUAAGACCACUCACUCUGAGAUUGGGGAAAUAAAUGAUGGAAACUUAGAAGAAGAAGCAGAAGAGGAGUCUGUUUGUGCAUUGGAUGAAGAUGGCGAUAAUGAUAGAUCAGCUCUGAUAGGGGUAACAUCUGAAAAGGAAAUUACUGAAGGUGAUUUAGAAGGAGUAGAAGGGUUAAAUAAUGAAAACUUGUCACUAGAAGGAGAGAAAGAGUUCAUUUCUGACUCAGAUGGAGAAGAUGACAAUGAAGAGGAAUCAGCUCUAGCAGGUGCAAUCCUUGAAGUGGAAAUUACUGAAAGUGAUUCAGUCGGAGCCGAAGACUUAAAUGAUGGAAACUUGUUACCAGAGGGAGCAGAGGAGUUAAGUUCUGCAUUGGAGCGAAAAGAUGCCAAUAAUGACAAAUCAGUUAUAGUUGGUGAAAACCUUGAAUUGGAAACCACUGAAAAGAAUAUAGCAGAAGAGUUAAAUGAUGGUAAAUUGUCAGAGGGAGCAGAACAUGCACCGGAUGGAGAAGAUUCCAACAAUGAUCCAUCGGCUAUAGAGGGUGCAAAACCUGAAGUGGACACUACAGAAAAUGCUUCUACGACUGAUAGGACAAGUAGAGAGAAGGGAAACAUUUUACAUGUUACUCCUGAUAAAGUUGAAGAAGGCACACCUGCUAAUCCUACAUCUUCUCAUAAACAACAGAAGAAAGCUAAGAAAAUUAUUCACCGUGGCUCUGACCGUGUAAGGUCUGUGGAUACAACAGAAUUAAUUGAUCCCAGUUCAGAGCUUAGUGGUAUACUUGCUGGAAAAUUGCCUAAAUCCCCAACCACUAGAAGCUCUUUUGCUUAUGAUGGCAGCCUCUCUUCUUAUGAUGGAAUGGAUGAGCCGUUCCCUAUCCAACAUUCAGGUUCAUUCGACAACACUUACACCAAUGCUAAUGGUGUUUCUGAGGGAAGGACCAGAAAGGGUAAAGGCCUUGUGAAUAGCAUAUAUGGAGGCCUUGAAACACAACAUCAAUCACAUAUGUCCAAUGCAAAGCUUCAUGCCAAGAAAGACAGCAGGGGGAAUCAAAACAAAGUGGUGGACUCUACAAGAAAUGGUCAUCAACGUUGGAUGGGCACAAAGAGAGAUGAGUUUCCACCCAAAAUACCUUUGCAUCGAAGUGGUUCCCAUUCUUACUAUGAAAGGGGCAGCUCAUCAAACCAAAUGCAUGAUGCGCUCUACCACAGCUCAAGCUUUCUUUCACCUGAUUCCUCUGAGGACACUGACCAUGAGAAGAUGAAACUGUUGAGAAUGAUUAAUAAGUUGCAAGAUCAACUCAGCAGGACUCUCUACAAAGGUGGAGAAACAAAUGGAAGACUGCCCAAGGGUGUCUCUUACAAGGGAAAUCAUAUUUCUGCAUAUCAUAGCCAUGACUUUGGUGAGGGAAGAAGGUUUUCUCAUAGUUUGGAUUACCCUUCGUGUGAUGGAAGAUGUGGUCAUGGAGUUAACUGGCACCAAAGGCAUCAUAAAUUCUCGCGGAUACCUUAUUCAGCCGAGGCAACAAGGAAUGCACACCAUGUUGAUCAUUCUUGUUACCAUUGUUUUUCCCAAGAGAGGCAUUUCUCAACAGAUAUGUCAAUGUCACCACAUGUUCUUUUCCAGCAUGAAGGGUUACAUGGGUCCUGUUCAGGCCAAGAUUGUUGCUCUUUUUCUCAUCACUCUUAUCCUUCAAGUCCACAAUGGUUCAUAGCCUCUAAACUUCCACCAAUAUAUGGCCGCAAAACAAAAUCUGAUGAACAGAGGCGUAGGGCUCCCGACUUAAAGAAAUACUUAAGGGAGAAAAAGAACUUGGUGGCCAAGAGACAUCACAGGCCAGUGGCAGGUGGAGCUCCUUUUGUCACUUGUCAUAAAUGCUUAAACCUGUUGCAGCUACCUGCAGAUUUUCUCCUUUUCGAAAGGGCAUGUCAUCAGCUGAUAUGUGGAGAAUGUUCAGAGGUGCUAAAGUUUUCAAUGCAUGGAAGCCAUAUAGAUUUUUUCUCACCAAAUAAUGCUAUAGGUCCUCCAUCAAGUGACCUUAAUGGUCGAAGCGAGGUGAUUAGUAGCAGAAAUCUACCUUCAGCAUCUCAUGCCAACUAUUACCAUUAUUCAGCUACUGAGGCCAUUUCAUAUUAUGAUGAUUAUGGACUUUCUAUCUCUAAAAGCUACUCCUCAGAAGGAGAGCCUGUUUCUCUGGCACAUUCUCAUCACUUGCACAGCGGUGAAUAUGCUAAUCCAAGUGUCUCUCAUGGUACAUUUGAGCCUUCAACUGAGAAGGAGAACAUUAAUCCAAGAUAUUCUAGUGCAAGAAAGGGUCAGGUGGAGACAGAUGCAUCAGCUAUGUUUUCCUCCAAUAUGUCUGGAUCCAGGAAAAUGGCAUCAGAAAUGGAGGCUAGGCCAGCACCAAAAAGUUCAUCACUUCAUCUACUAAUGGGUUAUUCUUCACCAAGUCAAGUGAUAAGAGGGACUCGGCCUUCUGUUGAAGGUAAUUAAGGAGCUGAUGCUCAAUUGAGAAAAUGAUUCAAGAGAACUAAAAUGUUUGUUGAAUCUAAAUUGAAGCUGGAAAGAGCAACAAUGGGGGAGUUCUGUGACAAUUUCAGAUGUAACGAUAAAGUAUCCACAUGAAGACUUGAAUUGAUUUUCUUUCAUAGUUUCUUCUUGAACUAGGCAAUAGGUGUAUUACAAAUAAUUUAGAUCCAUCACUCAAUUUUAUGUAUACCAUUUCUGCUACAGGUAUUUUGGUGUAUGAUUGUUGUAAAAUUAUGAUUUUGUUGUAUAAAGUGUUUUGGUGUGGGAGUUCUUCUUGAAAGAUCACAGUAACUGUUUUGAUA